AUGAACGAAAAACAAGAUCACUAUGAUGCUGACAAUACAGACAUUUUAGAGCCAAGUAUAGAAGAAAACAAUGCAUGGUUUGAAGAAAAUUAUAAUGAAUUUGAAUCAUUUGAUGAAAAUACGUUCGAAUAUGAAGAAAAUGUUAUCGAGCCUGAAGUAUUUGAGGAAACAUCAUCAUAUGUAACUUCACCACGUUCUUCAAGUCCUAUAAAUGUUGUUUCAUCA